UUUUUAGUCUUCAAGCCGCCGCAGCGCGCCACUUUCAGUUUCUCGAGGAAGAUGUGGGGCUUAUCCUGCUCUGUAUUUUCUUAUCCGUCGCCUAAUUUCAGACCUUCCUUUCCGGCAGCUACCCUUCGCUCCGCCACUUCUUUACCGGUGUCGUUCGAUCGGAAACAUUACACUUCCGACACUCCAUUUGCUCCGGAGGUUGUUAAGGCGGUAGACUCCUUGCAGUAUGAAUUUAGGGCAGUGGAUAAUUUGGUGGCACGGAAUUCUGCUAAAGUUCUCAAAGCCUUUCAGAAUGCUCGGUUAGGAUCUCAUCAUUUUGGAGGAUCCACUGGCUAUGGUCAUGAUGAAGCUGGAGGACGUGAGGCACUUGACAAUGCUUUUGCUGAGAUAGUUGGAGCAGAAUCUGCAAUAGUCCGAUCACAGUUUUUCUCAGGUACUCAUGCUAUUACGUGUGCCUUGUUUGCGCUUUUGAGGCCAGGAGAUGAGCUUUUGGCGGUAGCUGGUGCUCCAUAUGACACACUAGAGGAGGUCAUUGGAAAAAGAGAUUCUCAGGGGUUGGGUUCCUUGAAGGAUUUUGGAGUAGAGUAUCGAGAAGUUCCACUUGCUGAGGACGGUGGACUUGACUGGGAAAAACUUGCAAGUUCUUUGAAACCCCAUACAAAAUGUGCGCUCAUACAAAGGUCAUGUGGUUAUUCUUGGCGGCGAAGUUUAAGUGUUGACGAGAUAGGAAAAGCAAUAAGACUGAUCAAGAUGCAAAACCCUGAUUGCUUGGUGAUGGUGGAUAACUGUUAUGGAGAAUUUGUGGAAACCAUUGAACCUCCAACUGUGGGCGCGGACUUAAUUGCAGGAAGUUUGAUAAAAAAUCCUGGUGGAACGCUUGCACCUUGUGGCGGAUACGUUGCUGGUCGAGACAAAUGGGUGAAAGCGGCUGCAGCUCGUUUAUCUGCACCCGGCUUGGGCGUGGACUCGGGUUCUACUCCUGGCGAUAUCAUGAGGACAUUUUUUCAAGGAUUGUUUCUUUCACCUCAAAUGGUUGGUGAGGCAGUUAAGGGAAUGAUCCUAUUAGCUGAAGUCAUGGCAUCAAAAGGCUACAAAGUCCAGCCACUACCACGUGUUCCUCGCCACGACACCGUACAGGCAGUACAACUUGGAAGUCGCGAGCUUUUGCUUGCGUUCUGUGAGGCCGUACAGAGAAGCUCUCCUGUCGCGUCGUACACGAAACCAGUUCCGGGAAUAACUCCUGGAUAUGCAUCAGAGGUGAUCUUUGCUGAUGGAACUUUCAUUGAUGGAAGCACUAGUGAACUUUCUUGUGAUGGACCUCUGAGAGAGCCAUUUGCAGUCUUUUGCCAGGGUGGAACACAUUGGACCCAAUGGGGCUUAGUUCUAGGAGAGGUUUUGAAAUCUGUGUAGAAUUAUAACAACAAAGGAGGAUGGGAAGCCUCAUUCCCCCACCCCACAGCCCCACACCGGGGUGCCCCACACCAUGCAUGCUCGGAAGGUAUGUUGUCUGUGGCCGCAAACCCAAGCAGGUCAUCUGGGUAAUCACCCAACCACUAAACCUUGUUAAAAAUGUGAAUGAUCUGGAACCCACCUUCGUUCAACUCCCAAAAUCUAGCUCAAUAUAGAAGGAGAUAGGGAGCGUUGAACGUUGGACCCUUGUUGCAAGACGUAUGUGAAGAAUUAGUGAAAUUUAACUAUCUCAAUUCUCAGUCACUCGCACCGAAAAUUCGAGUUUCUUUUGGAUCUCCUUCCUAAA